UAGCCAAAGGCCAGUGUUUGUGAAUGAUGAAUUUGACGAUAGUACCCCUGAGUGAGCCAAUCAAGAAUGAACCCUAACCAAGCUUGACUCAGAAUCAGAACAGAACACACAACCCACCAUCUUCUCCAUUUGUCUCUGUCUCUGUAUCUUUCUGUCCACUGAAACGCCAUUGGAUCUCACUCUCUGAACGUUCUUCCAUUUUCAGGUUGUAUUAUUGAGGAAAGCUCUUUUGCAUGUGUAAUAGAGAAAAUGGUUCUGUUAUUAGUUUAUUACAGGUCUGAGUGGUCGACUAUUACCUCAUAAAAGUAAACACCUAAUAACUGUUAUAACUUAUAAGUAUACCUUGAUUGUAUGGAAGAUCACAAUUUUGUUGUUGGUCAAGAAUUCCCUGAUGUGAAGGCAUUACGGAGUGCAGUUAAAGAAGCUGCGAUAGCACAGCAUUUUGAGCUUCGUAUUAUUAAAAGUGACCUGAUUCGGUACUUUGCUAAGUGUGCCUCUGAGGGGUGUCCAUGGCGGAUUCGUGCUGUCAAGCUCCCUAAUGCCCCGACAUUUAUCAUAAGAAGUCUUGAAGGGACACAUACUUGUGAGAGAAAUGCACUCAAUGGGCACCACCAGGCUUCUGUUGAUUGGAUCGUGAGCUUUAUAGAAGAGAGGUUGAGAGAUAACAUCAAUUAUAAACCAAAAGAUAUUUUACAUGACAUCCAUAAACAAUAUGGUAUAACUAUACCGUAUAAGCAAGCUUGGCGUGCAAAAGAACGGGGCCUUGCAGCAAUAUAUGGCUCUUCUGAAGAAGGAUAUUACCUACUUCCUGCAUACUGUGAAGAAAUUAAGAAAACAAAUCCUGGAAGUGUUGCAGAGGUGUUUACAACUGGCGCCGAUAACCGAUUUCAGAGACUUUUUGUUAGCUUUUAUGCAUCAAUUUAUGGUUUUCUUAAUGGUUGUUUGCCUAUUGUUGGACUUGGUGCGAUCCAGCUGAAAAGCAAGUACCUUGGCACAUUACUUUCAGCAACUUCGUUUGAUGCUGAUGGUGGUUUGUUUCCACUUGCUUUUGGUGUUGUGGAUGUAGAAAAUGAUGACAACUGGACCUGGUUCCUGUCUGAGUUGCAUAAGGCACUAGAGGCGAGUACUGAAAGCAUGCCACAGAUUAUAUUUUUGUCAGAUGGGCAAAGGGGUAUUACAGACGCUCUGAGAACGAAGUUCUCAAAUUCAUCUCAUACAUUCUGCAUGCGUCACUUGAGUGAAAGCAUUGGCAAAGAGUUCAAGAACUCUAGGCUUGUCCAUCUUCUAUGGAAGGCUGCAUAUGCCACCACAACUAUUGCAUUUAAAGAAAAAAUGGCUGAAAUAGAAGAGGUCUCUCCUGAAGCUGCUAAAUGGUUACAGCAAUUUCAUCCUUCCCAAUGGGCCCCGAUAUAUUUUGAAGGGACGCGAUUUGGCCAUCUAUCCUCUAACAUUGAGGAGUUUAAUAAAUGGAUUCUUGAAGCCCGGGAGUUGCCAAUUAUCCAGGUGAUUGAGCGGAUUCAUAGCAAACUUAAAACCGAGUUUGAUGACCGGCGUUUAAACAGCAGUUCAUGGUGCUCUGUGCUUGUCCCAUCUGCUGAGAAGAGAAUAAUUGAAGCCAUUGACCGCGCAUCUACAUAUCAAGUCCUGAGAUCAGAUGAAGUGGAAUUUGAGGUUCUUUCAGCUGAUCGAUCAGAUAUUGUAAAUAUUGGCAGCCAUAGCUGUUCCUGCCGCGAUUGGCAGCUUUAUGGGAUACCAUGUUCCCAUGCUGUCGCCGCUCUCAUCUCAGGCCGUAAGGAUUUCUAUGCAUUUACUGCUAAGUGUUUCACUGUUGCAAGUUAUAGGGAAACUUAUGCAGAGGGUAUAUACCCUAUCCCAGGAAAAGUUGAAUUGAGAAAAACAGAUGAAUCCACAAUGGAUGAUGAUUUCCUGGUAGUGCGGCCACCAAAACUUCGGCGACCUCCGGGACGCCCUGAGAAGAAGCGGAUUUGUGUGGAGGAUCAUAAUCGUGACAAACAUACAGUGCAUUGUAGUCGAUGUAAUCAAACUGGACAUUACAAGACAACUUGCAAAGCAGAGAUGAUUAAUAGUUUAGAGCAGUUUUAGUUGUUUAAUUCUGUACCACGUAGUUCACCAAGAACUAGGUUCACCAAAGAACUAGUUUGUUACUUUAUUAGCAUGUAGAGAUUUGUGUAGGAAGUAAGCAUUAUUGAGAUCAUGUAUGAUAUAUAAACUAUUGUAUUAAAUCAGUUGUUGUAAGAAAUGAAGUUAAUCAAAAGCUUUGGAAGAAUAUCUGAAGCAUGGUUUUAAGUAGAAUGCAAAAUAUCCUUCUAAUCA